GGUAAUGUCAAACCUGGUCAUCGUCCCAGCCUCACUAGCAUACCCCUGGGGACCUUACAGCUAUAACUCUGCCAUUGACCGAGCCUGAGUGACGCUGUAGGCUUCUUGGGUGCUCUUACAACUUUCACUUCCCAUUCCGAAGCCGUUUGCGAUUACCGUCGAAGAAAAUGUCCACCAUCGCAGCCCGGUGUCGCUCAUGUUCCCGGAGUUCUCUAGCGCUUCGAUUAGGAGGUGAAGCACACCGUAGAGUAGUGCCUAUCAUUCCCAGCCACUUCAGAGUCCUGUCGUCAACGAGCUGUCCGUCAGCUCGAGCCGCCAUUCCGCGCCACGUAUACCCGAAAGAAAACAACGAGGGACAAGACGGGCGUCCCGUGUCGCGACUGAGCGACUCGAGUAGUGGACGGGGAAGACGUAGGCGAGAUCGCGAGCGGAGAUGGAGGAAAGACGGAGAUGCCCCGACAGAUCCCGGAAAGAGAGACCCCUUUGAAGAAGCUGUCAACCAAACCCGAAAGGUGCUCCCGCCCGAUUUCCCUGGGCUCGAAACAGCGCUGCAGACAAAAAACUGUAUUACCGCCUGGUUGAAACUACAUGAUAUCCUACUAGAUGCCGACGCUCGCGGCGAUCUAAAAGCCUGGCAUUUCCGGGCGCUACUCGCGAUCCUGUUAAAGACCUCGCAAGAUGGCCCGGCUCCCAAAUUUGAGUACGCAGAUCAGAUCCUCGCCACAAUGACCCAACAGGCAAUAGAACCCACCACCGAAGACUACAACCUAUACCUCAGUGCCUAUGCUGCGAUAGGAGACAUGGCCGCUGCUCGCGGGAUCCUGAUGAGGCUGCAACAAAACAAGCUGGAGCCAAACAUGGACACUUACAACACGUUUCUCCGGAUGUAUGCAAACACUGGCAAUCUCGAUGCCGCUGUCGCCUUCUUCAAUCGGAUGCUGCAGGAAGGCAUAGCGCCGAACGUCGCUACGUUCAAUGAACUCAUCGCAUGCUGCAAGUCAAAGCCAGAAACGGCUGAUCGGUACUAUAGCGAGAUGCUGGAUCUGGCAUACGAGCCUGACCACAGAACGUUAGCGUUGUUGAUCAAGAUUCACGCCACUCACGACGACAUGGAGCGCGCUGAGAAAUUAUUGAUGGAGAUGGAAUCGCGGAAUCUACGGCCCGAUCGGUACGAUUACGCUAUCAUUAUGAACGGAUACCGACGCAAGCAGCAAUGGGGCAAAAUCUGCGAUCUGUAUACGAAAGUGGCGGACUCGGGCGUGAAACUCGAUGCGUUUCUUUACAACAACGUCAUUCACGCAUUGACAAAGCAAGGGGAGCUGGAUGAUGCAGCGGCGCUGACAAAGGACAUGACACGCCGGCGAGUCGAUCCCGACGCCGUCACCUACACGACACUCAUCGGAGCGUUUUGCAAAGCGGGACGGUUAGCAGAAGCCGAAAGGGUCCUCAAGACCCUCCGCGAAAGCAACGUCGAUCGCCAACGAACCCAUGUCUACGCCUCCUACCAAUUCAUCAUCAACGCCCACAGUGAAGCCGGCGACAUCGACGAAGCGAUCCGGGUCUUCACAGAAAUGCGCACGGUGGCCGAGAUCUGGCCCACAGUGCAAUGCUACAACCUCAUCCUCCAAUGCGCGGCCAAGAAGUUCCGCCCAGAUAUCCUCCGCGAGUACUGGGACCUCCUCCGCGCCCAGGAGCCGCACACCGUCGCCAACCAUGCCACUUACGCGAUCGUGAUCGAAGGCUUCUGCGCCGCUCGGGAUCUGGCCAACGCCAUGGACGUAUUCCGCGACAUGAUUCACCGCACAGACGACGAGGACGCGACCAAAUCCCUCACGGCCUCCUUCGAGCUCUACGAAGCCCUCCUGGAUUGCGCCCUCCGUCUCCGCAGCUACACCGACGCAGCGACCAUCAUCACCCACGCGCGGCAGAACAAAACAUACGCAUCCCGCCCCUUCACCGGCCGCUUCGAGGCUAUACGCGACGAGCUCGAACUCCAGGUCAUCACCAUGGGCCGCGAGCUCGACACCCUAGACUUCCCCGAGGCCGACCACGUGUCCAUCCGCGACGCAGAGGCCAUCAUCGACCGCGAACAGGAACUCACCCACGUCAUCCUCACCCUCUACGCCGAGCUCACCCUAUUCAACCGCCCCGUCCGCGAGAAAACCUACCGCGCAGCCCUCGAAUCCGCCCGUCGCCGCCGCGACUUUCUCCGCUGCAUCCACAUCUACAUGUCCCUCGAAGCCGCCUCCCGCAACCCCGACCACCCCAUCAUCCUCACAGCGCAAACGGUCACAGUGAUGCUCCGCGCGGUUCUCGAACAGAGCGGACGGAACUCUGCCAAGGCGUGGGCGGAUAUGAUCGCGGGUCGUGGGGAGCCGGACCCGGCUGACGCGACGGAGAAACGACCGGCCCCGUACCGACGCCCGCUGAAUAGGGAGGGGUAUGGAUACCUCCUCACCCUGCAUAUGCGCGGCGGGUCCGCGUCGGACGCAAUCUCCACCCUCCUCGACAUGAAAGCCGCGGGUUACGAGCCCACACAUGAGAAUUACACGCGGGCGAUGCAUGCCGCUGACGCGUUUCUGGUGCAUGAUAGCGAUAAGAAGAAGAGAGAGGCGAAUUUACCGAAACGCGAUUCGGCAUCCGUGGCGAGUAGAUUGAGGCACGCGCAGACGGAGUUUGCGGCGUUUGUGGAGGAGAUGUUUCCGGAGUUGUUGGGGGAGGGGGAGGAGAGGGAGGAGGAGAGGAGCGAGGGGAAGAGGUUGAGUGAGAAGUUGUUUGGGUAGUGGGGAGGGUAUCGCGGCGUAUUGGUAGAGUGUAAAGUAGAAGGUGUUCUCGGCCCUCUGGUGGCACCCGCGGUUUGUACAUAAUACUGUAUUAAUCAGGCAUAUAUAAUCUAUUCGUUUCUCUUCUCCCUUGUCCAGGUUAUGGGUUCUGGACUUGGGAGGGCACGCUUCCAGGGGACAAAUACUGCGUUCGGCUUUGUUAAGUGAUUCCAGUAGGCCCUUUCUCCUCGACAUUCAGGAUCAGUUAUGUAGAAUAUUCGAUCAAUGAUGGGGUAGACUGACAGGAAGGGUUCUACGCCGUCUACGCCACUUCCCAGUCCGUCUAUCCCCUCUACCCCUCAUCUCCUGCUGGUUCCCUUCGGUCCCUUUCGGGCUCGUUCAUGGGUCGUACUCUGCGUACUGGGCGGAUGCCGCUCUUUCCAAGCAAUCGAUCGGCAGCACUUUCCAUGCCUCACGGUCAGCUCGCGCGGGCCAUCGAAGAAGCCAGGAUAACC